CUCGGGUUUUACACUCCUUCCUGCUACUACGCAAACAACUCCAGCGAGCCCCUCUGGCGGGUGGGAGCCGAGGCAGGGUGUGCGUGUGCGUGCGUGCGUGUGUGUGUGCGUGUGUGUGCACCUCCGACCGAUCACUGGAAAGGGUUUCCAGAAGGUGGAAAAUGUCACCUGAUUCACACUGAACUUUUUAAAUCUCCCCACCCCCGAACACACACACACUCGCACACUCACACACACACACAUUAGGAGACCGCCCACCGCAGACAGCUAAGACCCCCUUAUAGAUUUAAAGAGAGACUGCAUUCAGAGCCUGACGUUCAUUCAAUAGAGCGAUCAUACGCGGACUGACUAGUGCUCGCUGUCUGUCUGUCUGUCUGCGUCUCUCUCUGCUCCACUUGAGAUUGUUUCGGUGCCUCUCUCACUCCCUGGGAUACUGAGGAUGUUAAAUCAGAGAAUCCACCCGGGCAUGCUUUUAUUCCUGAUGCUUCUGUGCCACUUCAUGGACGAACACACAGUGCAGGCUGGGAAUUGUUGGCUACGGCAGGCAAGGAACGGCCGCUGCCAGGUCCUGUACAAGACUGAUCUCAGCAAGGAGGAGUGCUGCAAAACGGGCAGGCUCACGACUUCUUGGACUGAAGAAGACGUCAACGACAACACGCUUUUCAAGUGGAUGAUUUUUAAUGGGGGCGCCCCAAACUGCAUCCCGUGCAAAGAAACAUGUGAGAACGUGGACUGUGGACCUGGGAAGAAAUGUAAAAUGAACAAGAAGAACAAACCCCGGUGUGUUUGUGCUCCGGAUUGCUCUAAUAUCACUUGGAAGGGCCCCGUGUGUGGCUUAGAUGGGAAAACCUACAGGAACGAGUGUGCCCUCCUCAAAGCCAGAUGUAAAGAGCAGCCUGAACUUGAAGUCCAGUAUCAGGGCAAAUGCAAAAAGACCUGUAGGGAUGUUUUAUGUCCAGGCAGCUCCACGUGUGUGGUUGAUCAAACCAAUAAUGCCUACUGCGUGACAUGUAAUCGAAUUUGCCCGGAGCCUACUUCCCCUGAACAGUAUCUCUGUGGGAACGAUGGAAUAACAUACGCUAGUGCUUGCCACCUGAGGAAGGCUACCUGCCUACUGGGCAGAUCCAUUGGAUUAGCCUACGAGGGAAAAUGUAUCAAAGCAAAGUCCUGUGAAGAUAUCCAGUGCAGCUCUGGGAAGAAAUGCUUGUGGGAUUUCAAGGUUGGCAGAGGUCGGUGUGCCCUCUGUGAUGAAGUGUGCCCUGAAAACAAAUCAGAUGAAGCAGUCUGUGCCAGUGAUAACACAACUUACCCAAGCGAGUGUGCCAUGAAAGAAGCAGCCUGCUCCUCGGGUGUGCUUUUAGAAGUAAAGCACUCUGGAUCUUGCAACUGAAUCUGCCAAUAAAACCUGAGCCAUUGAUUCUUCAGAACUUUCUGCAGUUAUGACUUCAUAGAUUAUGUAUAAAAAAAAAACCUUAUUACAUAACAGCAGAUGCCAAAGAGCAUCUCACUACAAGUCACAUAAAAAUGCAACGCUGUAUUAUGGCUGUUCAGAGGGCUUUGAAAACAUGCACUGAGCUGCUUCUGCGCUGUUGUUGUCCUUAUUUAAACAACAGCUCCCCUAUAUUCCCCCAUCUAGCCAUUAAUGAAGACCCCGAGGAAGAAGAGGAAGAGGAAGACCAGGACUACACCUUUCCUAUUUCUUCCAUUCUAGAGUGGUAAAACCUCCAUCACUAUUGGAACAGCCAUUGGGCAAGAAAUCUAUGUCCAUACUGUAAAUAAGUGUAUGCUUAUUUAUUUUGGGGAGAAAAAAAGUAUACAUAUAGUUGAGUCUUGUAGACAUUUAUUUAUACUGUGUCAUGUUUUAUAAUUUAUACAUAAAAUGUCUGGUUGACUGUACACCUUGUUUUUUGAAGAAAUUUAUUCGUUACAGGAAGAGCAGUGUUAUUUAUUGUGAGGUCCCUUGCUUGUAAAGUAAAGCUUUUUUUUUCUCUUGUAAACUAUAAAAGUCCAUUCCUUAGAUCUUACCCACAUGACUCAUCUCUUCGAUUCACCCAUGAUAACUCUUUACCAUUUUAACAAACUUGCAUGUCAGUUUCUGUCAUGUUUAUUUAUUGGAUUUUCUUCUUGCCGAUUCUGUACAUAAAAGAUCCCUCGGGUUUUUGUUUACAAGGAAUCUUGACUGACCAAAAGGCGCUGUAACUGACUUAAAUAUACUUUCAGGGUGCAGUGAGGCGAUCUUUAAGGAAACUUCACUUUUCUCUGCUUCUGAUCACAUCAUGUUCUGAGGUGAUCUCAAUGUGCUAAGCAUUUAUACUGUACUAUAAGAAUUCUGGACCCAAAGAAAUCGGAUUAUGAAGGUUGUUAAUAACUACAUGGCUAACUGUAAUGAAAAUAAAGUUUUUAUUUUAUUUUAUUUUAUUUUAUUUUUUGUAACAUGCAUAAAUGCUUUAUGAGAUGUU